AUGAAUGGACUGCCUCCCGACCAAGAGCUGCCAGGGCUGACAGAUGAUCAAAUCGCAAUACUCGACAACAUCUGCAAAGCUGCGUCCCGAACCCAUGACCCGCCGAUCAAAGCCAUCUUCGACGCCUACGAUGAGGAGCUUCAGGCUAGAGGCUUGGACUCCAGUCAUGACAACGAGAUAUACCGGUGGAUCUUACGCGUGGGCGAGAGCGCGAGAAGACAACAUCGUCGAGGCAAUGCUACCAACUUUGUUCCCUACCUGAGAGAUCUACUCGAGGCACAUGGCAUUACAGUGAUCGAUACGGAAGGCGACGAGGAGGGUGAUCAGUACAUUGAGGGCAUAACGCGAUCUUUGGAGGAACCAGAGAGUACUCGCAAACAGCACGAGCCACAGCCUAGGCGAAGGGUAUCUUUCGACGAUGCUCGGCUGGACGAGACAUUCCUCAGCGAGCGAUCUCACCUUGCUCCGAUGUCACCUGGACGGCCGUCGCACGGAGCUGUCAGACAGCAAGCCCGUGGACCUGGAGAGGUCGCGCCAACGUUCAGACCUAGGUCAGUAAGCGCAAGCAGCAGUCAACCAUAUGUCGGGUCGCGCCAGCCAGCACCCAAGCACUACCAAGAGGCAUCGCCCUCGUCGGAUUACGCUUCAGACUAUGGAGAGCAGCCGAACCGCACCCUGUUAUUUGACCCUUCACCUACGCAGAUGGACGACAACGCCGACACUUUUGCAUACACUUCCGCUCUCAAGCACAGAAAUACAUGCUUUCGGAACUGGCAUCGCAAAGCACAAGCCCUGGCCGAGCAAAGGAUGGAGGCGGAAGACAUUGCCACUGCUCAUGAUCGACGACAAUUGCUCAGGCCGUGUCUCGAGAUAGUACGCGAGUUCUUCGUCUUGCGUCAAGAAGAGCGCAACCGCUUCAUUUUGCUUGAACAGCUCGCCCAGCAUGCACACGCCAGACGUGACCUCUGGAUCAUGAGCAAAAGCUUCACGCACUGGUAUAGGAAAACUGGUGUCGAUCAAGCAGCAACCAUAUUCGCCCAGAAUCAGAUCUUGCGACAGCGAUACUUCAGUCGCUGGCGCGAGAUUGCUGCAGCCAACGCCUUAAAAGCUCGAAGUCUCUCAUGCAAGAAGUUCUUGCGUCUGUGGCGGGAGAGAGCUAUCCGCAGUGCAGUUGUUCGCGAGCAAGCAGGGGCACAAUACGAGAAGUAUUUGACCAAGAAGUAUCUGUCGAUAUGGAGACGGAGAUGUCACAAUACUUGGGCCGUAAACGAAAACAAGGAGAGACUGCGACAACGGGCCCUGCAGCUGUGGCAUGCCAAAUUGGAACUUCACCAAGAUCAGGAACGUCAAGCCGAAGGCGUUCAUAUUCGGCGUCUGACAGGAGUCGCUUUUGCCAGGCUUCGCGAGCUCACCACUCAACGACGGCAGAUGGCCGACUAUGCUGGAAGUUACCACAGCCGUAAGCUUAUCACGGAAUGUAUGCACUCCUUACAAGUACACGCCAAGCUGGUACCAGGCGCCGCAAGGCUAUCGCUCAAGAUAAACACAAGACUGAAGCAAAGCGCGCUCACAACGUGGCGCACGAACUUUACUAUCGCGCGAAAAGCGUCUGAGAUUGACCGCAAGCGCAUCUUACAAACCGCAUGGACCACUUGGAACGAUACACUCCGUUGCCGUACUCUCGCACAGCGCAUCGACGAGCGUGUGUUGCGCGACAGCCUGCUGAGCUGGAAGCUGAACAUGUUGGCCCAACAGUUCCAACGAUGGAAAGAUGCGAGGCUUCUUCAGCGCGCCGUCACUACGUGGCAUGAUCGAAGGCUGCUGCAAGAUGCCGCACUUGAGCAGGCCAGCAUGAGGUUCGCCGACAGUCAAAGGCGCCUCAAGCUGUCUUCAGCAAUGCGCAGUCUCAACAUCGCCGUACGCAACCGUGAGGACGCCGAACGUGCUGCGACGGAGUUUUCGAAUAGUCGUGCUUUGCCAGAUGUGAUUACGGUAUGGAAGCAGCGUUCCGUGCAUGCUCGACAGCUAGCCAAAUGGGCAGCAGAUGCCCGGUUCUAUUGCUUAUGCACGCGUACGCUCAAAGUGUGGCACGAGCGCACUGUGGAGCAGCAGCAUGAAAGGCGCCGCGAGGCUUAUGCUCAGGUCAGAGCCCGCGUCAAAGCCAGAGUCGUUGGGCAUGCCUUUGCGAUGUUGCGACAAAAGGCUUCGAGCCUUGCUCAGCUACGAGCAGAAGCUGAGCAAAGAGCGCUAACACGAGUUUUCCGAGUCGGCAUACAGGGCUUCAACACAUGGCGAGAGAAGACUGCUCAUUACGUCGACCUCCAGAUCCAAGCGACUGCUGCGGACCACCAGAAACUGCUCGGCUCAGCGCUGUCUGCUGUGGUGAACAAAGGUGUUGAGCUCUCGGAGAUGGAGGAACAAGCCCUGCUUUUCCGUCAGGAAUCUGAUCUCGCUUUGCUGGCUAAUGCGAUGAAGAAAAUGCAGUGGGUCACCUUUACUGCAGCUCGAAAGAGCGAAAGCGCCGAUGCCCUAGCAGCUCGCAAUCGUGAUCAACACAUCAAGCACAUGCUUAGACAUUGGUCUUCUGAAGCUGGGAAGCGAAAGACGGCAAAGUCGAGCAAGCAACGCGAGCCCGACAGUCCAAGCCUUCGGCCUGCGAGUCGGGCAGCCGCAAGAUCAGUCGAAAGGCCUGCUCCGACAGCCUCACCAGCAGCACAGACGUCAACACCUGCAUACAUGCGCACGCCUUCACGGUCUCGCCGUACAGGUCGCUUUCGUCCCUUGCCAACGCCAGCACACGUUACGCCCAUGGCUUUCGAUCCUGCUUACUAUGUUACCACACCUGCGCCUACAACCGCUGCAGCGCCUGCUGAGGAGGCAGCUGAGGGCGGCGAUGUUUUUGAUGCAUUGACGCCUCAGAUCACGCCCUUUUCCAGAAAGCUUCGGGCUGGCGGUGUAACGCCAAUGCCACCUUCUGCUUUGCGAAAUAGCAUACUUGGACGUUCGAUCACAGGAGGAGGGACAGCUAAAAGUGUCAGGUUCGCAGGCGCAAGCAGGUUUGGCAGUGAUUCGAGGAGGCUCGGCACGACGAAUGAGUAG